GCCGCCGUCACCCGGGCGCGCGCGUCGCCGUCUUGCGAGCGCGCUCCUCCGUAUGCAUGGACCGUGCCGGGGCCGUGACGUACGAGGAAGACUCGUACCUGCCCGACUGCAAGGCCGGCGAGGAAGAGUCGCCCGCGUACGACUCGGGUCAGGACCUCGGCCAGGUGGGCGCCACCGACCCGACGCUCGACGACGAAGGCCGAAGUCUCCUCAGGCUGGCCGCCGGCGAGGAGAUUGAGGAGUUGCACCACGAGAACUUCUUUGAUGCUAGUGCCGACGUGAAAGCAACUGACGCCACUCCGGACAGCGGAGUUCACGACCUAUCGGGAAUGGACCCCGAAGAAAAGGCCCGUCAGGAGGCGGUUCUGAGGGAUGAGUUGGCACAGGUGGAGGAAGAGAUUCAGUCCCUGAGGACUGUGCUGGCAACGAAGGUGGCCAGGUCCCAGGAGCUGAAACGCCAGCUAGGAAUCAGCGUCUGGAAGGAGCUCAAGGAUGACAUGGAGCAGGGAAUCAAGAACAUCCAAGACACGGCUGCGUUUAAAGAUGUCAGUGGGAAAUUGGUCGAAUGGAAUGCUGCUAUCACAAGCGCUCCCAUUUACCAGAAGACCAGUGCUACUAUCAAGACAGCCGGGGAGAAGACUACCACAGCUCUUGGAAGCCUCAGUGCCAGCGUCUCCAAGAAGCUGGGGGAGAUGAAGAACUCCACUGCUUUCAAGUCAGUUGAAGAGAAGGUUGGUUCGGUCUACACCAAUGUGAAGUCCAAGGUGUCGUCGCGAAGCAGCAGCGUCAACAGCUUUGAGGAUGCACUCAACAGCCAUCCAAGCAAUACCUCAGUGUCAGCGACACCCACGACGACUCCCAUUACUGAGGAAAAGAAGCCGCUUUCCUAAGAGUGGCUGGGUAAUAAUUAUUCCGGACAGACUUUGGCAUUCACCGUAAUUUUUUUUUUUCCACUUAAAGAAAAUCUCUUCCCAACGUGUAUUUCUCUGCUUGCAGUCCCAAUCCCUUGGUCCACGGAGAAAAGUGUAUUAAAACAAAGCGGGCUUUGAGAAAACGCCCUUGCCAUAUCGAAUGCUAACAAAAGCGGUUGUAAGUGGCAGCGGUGCAGCUCUUGGUGUGCUUACGGCCGAUGGUCGUUCUCAAUGCACAUUCUCGAUGCACAUUCUUAAUGGCAGCGGCAAAUAGCAGCUUUACGUCCAGAGAACAGCGCGAGUGCCCGCUUGUUCCACCAGCAAAGCUUGUCAAGUAGUAAAACUGCAAGACGUCCAGUGUCAUGCAUCUAGGCAUUGCCGCAUGCGGUUUAAUAAGCUUUCUCAACUUCCACACCUCGCGCGCACGAUCUUGGGAAUUGUCAUGGGAGAAAGCGGGUGACCUAGUGUCCUUUUGCUCGUCCCUGAAUUUAAAUAUAUAUAUAUAUAUAUAUAUAUAUUUUUAUGUGCACAGAGUGAUUGAUCGGAAAAAAUGGAUUGAAGGCGAAACAUUUAAAAAAAAAAACAUUCAGACUAUUUACGAUUUUCGUCUCCUUGUUUGCACAUGUACGUACUUGUUUUUGCUUGUAGUAUAUCUGUGAUUAAUGAGUGCUCUAGCCACGUUUGUGGUAUUUUCCGCGAGUGUGAUGCACAAACCUCGGUGCAGUGUCGACUGGCGUGUAACCAUUCCCGGUGGUACAAUAGUUCUUAAGCUGCUGUGAGCUGGUGCAGAGGUGCCAACCAAAACUUCCUGUAAUUACGGCAUGAAACUAUCUUUCAGCGAGAACUACAAUUUAAAAAUGGCCUGCUACAAUGAUGUUUGUUUCACAUAAAUAGAAUGCAGUUUCAAAUAGUGUGUAAAUGAACGAGCUGAAGAAGCCUCAGUGUAAACUUUUGUUUGAAAUAAGAGAAGAUGCAAAGUGGAAAACUUGCAGAACUAGACAAUAUGAGUGCUGCGAAUUGCCACCGUUAAUGCUCGUUGGAAGCGAUGCAAGAGGUAAAAUAUUAAAUGCUAGUGCAGCUCGGUGAAUCGGCUCGGCACCAGAAUCUUGAGUGCAAGUUCACGCAAAUAAGUCAAGUAAAUUUUUUUUGCUAACAUUAUCCCAAGACUUGCUCAAAAUUGUGCUUUUAACUGCCUUGAUGAUCUGGAAGUAGUCCUAUUUUUUUAUUCACAUUGGAUGGUUUCGUAGGGAUGGUUUUAUGUUUGAACAUCCUUUUUAACCACAACUCCUUAAAAAAAAUUGCAAAGCAGUGAGCAUGUGUCAGUGCUUGGUGUAGGAGUUUUCUGUAAUAGAGCAAUUUUAGACAGAAGCAUAGAUUACUGGUGAACGGCAUCUGCCAAAUUUACUCUGGAAAUGAAAAAAUGUGAGGUUGUACUUACAGCAGCAUAACAAUUUGCAAAGGCUAGAUACAAUAGAAAAUUGGAGAACAAUGAAGUGUUUACAAAUGGCAUGUAUGGAAAAGCAUGACAAGAGGAUGCCUGACCAUUUUAACUUGUGCUUCCUGCAAAAGCAUCUUUGCGGCCGAGUAUUUUCAUUUCAACAAUGUGAUUGAUUACUGUCAGUUUAGAGCACAGGACAUUUAAUUACAAAAUAACACCAGGAACUUCUGAGUAGCAACUCUGGAAACAGCAGUGGUCUUGAUUCUCAAUAGACUAAUGAAGCAGAGAUGUGCAAACAUUGGAUGGGGGACAUCAAAUAUUGAAAGCACCUUGCACGGCAAUCGUUGUGACCAUGAAAGAUGUAUACGAUUCAUGCGACACUCCUGAACAUUUACGUUGCAGUUGCAGUUCAUGUCGAAAAAUUAUGGUACACACUAUUUUGCUGGUUCCUUGAUUUUUCCUAUUUGUAACUGAUGGUUUGGCUAUACAUACUUCGAUUAUUUCUUUAUUUCUUAUCACUGUUAUAUUUUGUGUACUCUUUACAGCUGUCAUGUUUUUAUUUGAAGUUUUUCUUCAAUUACAUGGCUGACUGUUAAAUAUUGUGUGUGUGUUAAUGGUUAGGUGUCUUGUACUAUAUAGGUUCUUGUGAAUCUGUCUUGUUAGAAAUGCAAGCUGUAAAUGAAGCUAUGUUCUUGUAACGGUUUUUUUGUCGCUGCAUAUUUUUUUAAUGGGGCGGGUGGGAAAUGACGUAGCAGGGAUGAGGAGAGCAUGCGAGGACUGUGGAACGACUUGUCUGGCGCUUUUGGGCACGCUGUUUCUUUGCGUCAUAAAACGAAAAUGCGAAGGGCCAGCAUUAGUGACCUUGCCAGAUUUCAGUUUGGAAUGCUUGUCAGAAGAAAAAAUAAAAUCUCCUUGGUGUAUCCUUAUAAA